GAUCCGCACGGAAUGCGUCAUCGACACCGUGCAGGCUGCCGCCUACCUUGGCCAGGCUGUCGUCUUCCUCUACAAGGCCAUUGACUACGAUGGCCUUGAGUGCCCGAACAACUCGCCUGUUGGAUGUGCCGCCAGCGUUGCAGGCUUCAUCACGUCCAUCAGCUGGAUCGCUUCGUACCUGUCCUUUGCGGCAAACGCCUGCGGCCAGGCUGUCAACAACGGUGCGUUGUGCGCUGGUGACUUCACAGCUCUUAUGGCCAACUUUGGCGAGAUCGCCACGGUGGGCGAGUUCGUCCCGGCGGGAGCCUCGCCGGCGGUUGACAAGGCCUUGAAGAUCAAGGGCCACAAGGACCAGCAGCGCAACCGUGACUACGACAUCGUUCAGUGUGCUGUGGAUAUUCGUGCCGCGGGCAGCGCCUGUGCGGACCCGAAGUCCUGCGCUGUCGGCAUCAUGAACAUCAUCUCUUCCUUUGCCUGGAUCUCCCAGUUCACGGCCCUCGCUGUCUCGGAUUGCCAAGUGGGUGCCGACCAGAAGGCUCUGUGCACAGCGGACAUUUCGGACAUGGUGGCUGCGCUCACCAACGGCCCGGCUGCCGGCAUCGCCUCCACCUCGGACUGUGCCGACCUCUAA